AUAUGUUAUAUAUAUACACAUAUCAAUCAAUUCUCUCACUGGUUAUGAUUUUUUUAUUAUUAUUGAAUCAAACAUAAUCUGAAAUCCUAGCAAUCAGACUUAGCCAGUGUUAAUAAAUAUAAUCAUUUAAAGAACUAAGAUAUUUUCCAAUUGGCGAGAAGGACUUACCGCUCAACCAGGGCGGAUGGAUGAACUCAAGAGCGCAGUCGGGAGGUAACGAUAUGCUAACAACUUUUCGAGCGCUUCUAAAGGAGGCUUAUCAAUUUAAGGGCAGCUGUUUCGUGAAUACAUAUGAGACCAGAUCUAAAUCUUGACCGUCCGAGAAAAUUUUGGUGUGAAACUUAACGGAUUAAAUGAUAAUUAGUCGGACUCUUCGGCGAGUUCGACGGUUACGGCGAACUUUGUUAAAAUUGCUGCUAGCGGGCAUUUUAGUAGUGUCCAACACCACCAAGACUGAAUCAGAACGAUCCGUGAGGACAUGAUAAAGACGUCACUGGUAGCUGGCUGCUGAGUCAACUGGCGUGAAGGUGUAGCUAAUGACAUAUACGAUAAGUCGGUUAUCGUGUCGUACUGCUGAUGCGAAAUAGCCCUUUUCUAAGUCCUUACAUUUUUAUAAAACACAAACGUUAGAAAAUCCUCCACUAAGCGCCAACUCAAAAAAUACCUUACGUAUUGCUUUUGUUUCUCUAUUAUCUUUGAUUAAAAAGAUAGUUAACGCACACCAGUGUCGGUUCCUUCAGAAACCAUUUACAUCUUGUUUUACUCUGUGCUUUUAAAGGCUUUGUAUGUAUUGUAAAAGUCUACUUUACUUUGGGUUAACAAGUAUUAGGUAUGUACAUACAACAUUAUUUUAACAAAUUAUGAACAAACCCAAACCAUUUGUUCCAAACAAUGUAAUCUAGCUUUCUUAACUUAGCCAUUGGAGUACCAUAGCACGUGAGAAAUGUCACGUUUAAGGAGUUCAUGACUCCUUCAAGAAGUUUAGUUUUUGAACCCUUCCGCUAGUAUACGAAGACAGCGUCGGAAAGCUCCUUCAUCUCGGUAAUUUGGCAUGAUAGCUCCCUUGACAACAACUCUGAACAGUCUUACGCAGCACCCUCCAUCCUAUCAUACCCUACCAUCAUCACUCCAAGCAAGUCCUGACGGACCACCUGAUUCUAGGUAUAGUGGACGCUACUAGUCUAAUGACUACUGUUAUCACUAGUACAAUAACAAAGCACUGCUCACCGUGUUGCCACGCUUGAUAUACAUAUAUCAUAGCACAAGUUUGGUGAGUUUCUGAAUGGGUUGCGACUCCGAUGUGAUGUAAAAGCAUUCGCGAAGCAACCCUCCUUCAGCUAUUAGGCUUUCUUUGGGGCUUCUGGGGUCGUCCAAGACUUUGGGUUAGUAAACUUUCUCUUUUGACUUAUCCCUCCUGUUCACCCAUCUGUUCUUGCUGGGCGGCAAGAUCUUUGUAUCUACCAAGAUAAUUUCUUCAUAUAAAGGCUUUAGGUGAUUGCCAUAGUGAAAAAGGAGCUGUUAUGUUGGCAGCACUUAUUGUUUUAAAGUUGUAGCACCAAUGUUAUCGGCCAUGUUGUCACUUGCUAAAUGUGGAUUAUAAAUAUUUCCGACAAAAAGUCUUGAGACUGAGAGUUGUUUCUCUUGAUUGAACACAUAGCUUUAUAGUUUAAAAGUGUUUUUAUUCAGUACACCACUUAUGGGAUCGAAUUUAUUGCGUGGCAUGCUAUAAUACAAGCAAUAGUAAUAAGUGUUGAAAAACUUUAAUAAUGGCUAAGAAAAAAGCGAAGUCAAAAUCAAAGAAACAAUUAAAUUUUCAAAAGGGAUCAACGAAAAACGUACCGAACGAUCUAUUGGUAUCUGCUGUAUCAGUCAUGCCAGUCAUGGCAAAAGUAUGCAGGUUGUGCGAAACGAAAGAUGGUCCCUUUUUAAAUAUUUUCGAAUCUGAUAAAUCAACUGCUAAGAAGAUAGAUGAACUAAUGCCUUUUGGGAUUUCUGAAAAUGAUGAAUUACCUCACAAAAUAUGUUUCCGGUGCUCAGCUAAAGUUGAAGAGCUUCAUGAGUUUGUACAGAAAUGUGUCAAGACACAAGAAAAUCUCCUAGCUGCUACUGGUAAAAAAGAUUUACUAAACACAAAAACAAAAACACGAGAACAGUGGGAAGAAAAGCUGAACAAAACUAACUUGUCGAAUGAUGACAUCUGCGAUGCUCUCAUAAGAAAAGCUAUGGAAGCUAUAAAAGAUAUGCCAUUAAACCAAUCAGUUGUAGCAGAGGAUAAGAAUUCUCUACUUGGACGAAAGGUGCGAGCGGAACCCCAAACAAAUAACAUUUUAAAAUUGCAGGCCAAAACAGAAGACAGUAAUGCUGCUGUGAAUCUCAAACCUGUAAAAUUGACUAUUGAAAAAUGUGACCAAAGGGUUACUCGGUCGGGGUCAGAUAAAAUUGUCAAUAAACAAAGUAAAAAACUUGACACUAUAAAUACAAAUUCCAUUAGCACACCAGAGGUACAAGAUAGUCAAAAACCUGAAAAUAGUGGAAAAAAAGAUACAACAGCUGAAAAUAUUGCAUCUGAGGAAACUACAAAAGAGGAAGUGCCAUUUAACAUAAUGGAUCAUGUAAGCACAAUCAAAGUAAAUCAAGUAGGAGUACUCUUCCAAUGUAAGUUAUGUAACCGAAAUUUCUUAAAAAAGGAAAUAGUCGAAAGUCAUUUUUGUGCCCGAAAUGGUGCUCCCAAAACUGAUAUUACAAAACACUUACCCCCUCCUGAACCACCAAAAGCCACUAAUACUGUGAAAUAUUUUAAAAUGGACAGUGAAAAACGUAUUAUGUCAAAUGGCAAUGAUAGUGUUACAUCAAAUAAAGAAUGUAAAGAAGUGCCAGCUGAACGAGAACUUAAUAAAGCUUUAGAAGAACCAGUCAAGCCUUUAGCUAAACCAAAACCCAAAAUAGGCCCUGCAAGUAAAGUAAAAAAAAACCAAAUGGAACCAUCUCCUUGUGUAACUGAAACCCCUGAAGUAACUAUUCUCACCCCUACCGCACCCCUUGGAAAUUUUAAACUAAUGCCUAAUGUAAACUCAAGCUACAAUUUAAUGCCCAGUCCAAACUCAAGGUACAAGAUAAUGCCUGGUCCAAACAAUUCUUUUGUAUUAGUGGAAGAAGGUUCAACUUCCAAAGCUGCAAGUGAGGAGACUAAUACUGCACAAAAGGUACCUAAAAAAAGAAAAAAUGAAGGUAAAAUUCAUGCUGAUAUGAAUGAAUGUUCUUCAUACAAUAUCCAAAGCUCAGAAGUCAUUGAUGUAGAUGAGCCUACUCCAGUAUUGCCAUCACAACAGAAGCCAUAUCCUGUUGGGCUUUUUCAAACAGUUGCCCACCAUACUGGGAUCUAUGUGUCAAAAACUACUCAGAGUGCAACAUUCACUACUCCAGCCAUGAAAAAGCAGUCUUACACUGUUCAUCAAACUGACAAUCCUAGCAAAUUAGUGAUCUCAACGAAACCUCAAAUAUCUACUGAAGAAAUUCCUAAGAAAAAGAGUAAAAGAAUUCGACCAGAAACCAACGAAACUCCAUCGAAAGAACCCUUCUCUGUGACAUUAGAAGAUGCAGCACCACCAAAAGAUCCUGGCUUCUUUACCUUUAUCAAUGUGGAUCCUUUGUUGCAGCCUUCAUAUGUUCUACCAACAGACAAUAUUAUCCAAGAAUCACAAAUUUCAACAUCCACUCCCGUGGUGAAGGCUGGUGGUACAGAUAAAAAAGAAAAAGAACAAUAUUCUUGUAACAUGUGCAAUGAGAAAUUUAGUAGAGAGAAAAAACUACUUACCCACAUACAAUCACAUUACGAUAAGUUGGACGAAGAAGACAUGAAGAGAGAAGAAAGAAGUAGUAAUAAAAGAAAACAAAAGAAAUAAUAUUUCUUUUGUUAUUUGCAAACUUAAACAUUAUGAAAAUAUUUUCAUUAAGUAAUCUGCCAUUUAUUUGAUGCAUUUUACAAAUUAUUGUGUCUUGUUGAUUUUGUGAAAAUGUCACUCUUAAUUGCUUUAAAUCUUAGAAAAUAAUUAAUGAAAAUAUUUUUGUGUUGUUUUGUAAAUAUAUCACAUAUAAGUCUAGUUAAGUUGAAAGUACCAUUAGAUUGAUGACUUUGAAUGUGCUGUUUUUUGUGUUAAAAUAUAGAAAUUGUUUUAUUGAUA